AUGGCAAUUUGCAAAAACGAAAACCAUCCCACAGGGCAAGUGGUGUUGAGUGAGAACCAGCCCAGUGUCACACUGCCGAAGGAAGUCUACCAAAGCCUCAUAAUCAAGUCAUCAGCCAGCGCAACGCGUCUGAUAAGACUUCUCAUGAAAAGUUUCUUCAACCAAGAGGAACUCGCAGCCUCUUCUCUUUCCGGUGAGGGCAUAUACAAGAAGCGCCUCCAACCGGAAAUUACCGAGGCUAUCAAAGGUAAGCCUCCUCCAUUUUGCCAGCAUCGUCCCAUUACUAGAGAUCACUGA